AUGCGUCCUGCCGUGGUACCAGCUCUCCAAACUGAGGCGUCCCGUUCGGCCAUAUCUUCGGAUCAGGACGACUCCCGCUCAUCCUCCAGUGACUCGCCCGCCCCUGCAGACAACGAGGAGUCGGACUUCUUCCUCGGCGCGAAUGACUCCCAGUCAUCCAUCGGCGUCGUCAACUUCCAGGAUAUGCAGGUCGAGGACCGCUGCUGGCCCCCCGUCCACCGUCUGCCCAACGAGAUUCUGAUCGGCAUUUUCGCCAAGCUCGGCACACCCGCUGACCUCUUCAGCUGCAUGCUCGUCUCCAAGCGCUGGACUCGAAACGCCGUCGAUCUGCUCUGGCAUCGCCCAGCCUGCACCACUUGGAAGAGCCACCACAACAUUUGCCAGACCCUAGAGGCCCCCAAGCCCUUCUUUAACUAUCGCGACUUCAUCAAACGCCUCAACCUCGCCGCCCUGGCUGACAGAAUAAGCGAUGGCAGUGUCACAUCGCUUUACGUUUGCACCAGGAUCGAGCGCCUCACCCUCACAAACUGCCGCGGCCUCACCGACGCUGGCAUCAUUGGCCUUGUCGAGAACAACACCAACCUGCUCGCCCUUGACGUAUCCAACGACAAAAAUAUUACCGAUCAGUCCAUCUAUACCAUUGCCGAGCACUGCAAGCGUCUCCAGGGCCUGAAUAUUUCAGGAUGUGACGGCGUCUCCAAUGACAGCAUGCAGGUGCUUGCCAAGAGCUGCAAAUACAUUAAAAGACUCAAACUCAACGAUUGCGUUCAGAUCCGAGAUAAUGCCGUCCUCGCCUUUGCUGAAAACUGCCCUAAUAUUCUCGAAAUCGAUCUCAACCAGUGUGGGCAUGUCGGCAACGGCGCCGUUACUGCCCUCAUGGCCAAGGGAACUUGCUUGCGCGAAUUCCGGCUUGCAUUCUGCUCCCUAGUUGAUGACUAUGCCUUCCUGGCUCUCCCGCCUGCUCAGAUGUUUGAACACUUACGCAUUCUCGACCUCACCUGCUGUACUCGACUCACCGACGUGGGCGUUAAAAAGAUCAUUGACGUUGCUCCCCGCCUACGAAAUCUUGUCCUUGCCAAGUGUCGUCUCAUCACCGAUAGUUCUCUCAACUAUAUUGCCAAACUGGGCAAGAAUCUGCACUACCUUCACCUUGGCCACUGCGCAAACAUCACAGAUGAGGGCGUUAAGACGCUCGUCACUCACUGUAAUCGAAUCCGCUACAUCGAUCUUGGCUGCUGCGUCAACCUCACGGAUGAGUCUGUGAAGCGCCUUGCUGUUCUGCCCAAACUUAAACGAAUUGGCCUUGUUAAGUGCAACUCGAUAACAGACGAAUCAAUCUACACUCUGGCCGAGAUCGCCACUCGCCCUCGCGUUAGGCGUGAUGCCAACGGCCUCUUCAUUGGAGGCGAGUAUUACACGUCAAAUCUGGAGCGUAUUCAUCUGAGCUACUGCAGCAUCCUCAAACUUCUGAACUCUUGCCCACGCUUAUCGCAUCUGAGCCUUACGGGUGUGCCCGCCUUCCAAGGAGAUGACUUUUCACCAUUCUGCAGAGAAGCACCACCUGAAUUUACCAAUCAUCAACGUAACGUCUUUUGUGUAUUCUCUGGCAGCCAGGUCUCAAGAUUCCGCGACUUUUUGAACAGCGCCCCUCAGUUCGACGAGUUACGCGAUAGCCUUUCGCCUCGCCGCCAUGGCCGCGCUCGCCAAGUAUCAAGCCAAAUACAGACCGCCACGGCAACCGCCUUGCCGACGGCUUUCGAAGAGACGUAUGAUGACGAAAUGGGCGACGACAAUGACGAUUUUGAGGGCACGUAUCCCAGCGAUCUCCUGUCCAAUGCCCAGCCUAACAAUGGUUUUGCAGGCACUGGCUUUCAAGGGCAAAGCAACUUGCCAUCGAUGGCUCACAGCCUACCCACUCUACCAGGCAUAGACGCUUUACCUUGGGACUUGCCUCACUCAUUGGCUGUUGGCGGAGCCGCAUUCCAUCCCGGGACCUUUGCCACUCAGCAGCACAUUCAUGGGCUCCAUGCCCAGCAAGGCGGCUUUGCCGCUCAACACAAUACGCAAGGAUAUCAAACUCAGCAAAUUCCGCUACCGACACUAUCAUCACUGAUAGGGCAUCAAGGGACAUUCGCACAUGCUCCCAUGAACAUGAGCGCCUUUGGCGUCUCACAAGCUAGUGUGGCCGGCCCCGCGUUUACUAUUUCGGGACAAGCCAGCACAGCUAGCGUGGCGACUGCUACCGAAGCCAGUACCGCUCAAAUGCAUUAUCAAGCAGAAAUCGAGGACCAAGAAAACAUGACGGGCUAG